ACAAAAAAAAAAUUAAUAAUAAUAAUAGAAAAAAAUAAAAUAAAACAAUUAAUUUAAUUUAAUUAUAACAAAAAAUGAUCCAAAAUUAACCCCAACAAGAUUACGAAUUAUACAAAAGAUUAAAAUUAUUAGGUGAAGGUUCAUUUGGAAAAGCCUAUUUAGUCCAAAGUAUUCGCGACAACUAAAAUUGGGUAAUAAAAUAGCUUCCAUUAGAUACAAUGUCUCCAGAAGAAUAAAAAGAGACAUUAAAAGAGGCGAAAAUAUUAGAAGCAUUAAGUCAUCCUAAUAUUGUGAAAUUUAAAGAAAUAUAUAAAACAAAAAACCUUAAAUUAUGUAUAGUUAUGGAAUAUGCAGAUGGAGGAGAUUUAAGUGCUAAAAUCUAAUAAGCAAAAGGUAAAUAUUUAUCUGAAAAUUAAAUUUUAGAUUGGUUUACUUAAAUUUGUUUAGCAUUAAAACAUGUACAUGAUAGGAAAAUAUUGCACAGAGAUAUAAAAGGUUAAAAUAUCUUCCUUACAAAAGAUAAUAUAUGUAAAUUAGGAGAUUUCGGUAUAGCAAGAAUUUUAACAAAAACAUAUGAAAAAGCAAGAACUAUGGUAGGCACUCCUUAUUAUUUAUCACCAGAAAUGAUUGAAAAUAAACCUUAUUCUUUCAAAAGUGAUAUAUGGGCUUUAGGAGUAGUACUUUAUGAAUUAUGUGCCCUAAGACCUCCUUUUACUGCUGAAUCUUUACAUUUUUUAGCUUUAAAUAUUGUUAAAGGAUAAUAUAAAGCUCUUCCAAAUAUUUAUACGAAUGAGUUGAGAAGUUUAGUCGAUAAUUUAUUGCAGGUUAGACCUGAAAAAAGACCUAGUAUAUAAUAAAUAUUGAAUAUGCCUAUAAUUAGGAAACGUAUUUGUAGUUUUUUAAGUGAAAGUAUUAAAUUGAAUGAAUUUUCACAUACUAUAAUACAUAAUGUAAAUAUUUUAGAUAAUGAUUAUAAUAUAAAUAAUUUAAAAAAUGUAAAUGGAAAAUUACCUUCUAAUAAUCAAUACAAUUAACAAUAAAAUAUAUAAAAAAUACUACCUAUUUUAAAAAAAUAGCCUUCUUAAUAAGAAAUUUAAAAAUAAUAAAAUGAAAUUUAAAAUAGAAAAAAUGAAAUUUAAAAAUAAUAAGAAAUUCAAAAAUAGUAAUAAGAAAUUUAAAAAUAAUAAUAAUUAAGAAAUUAAUAAAAAAUAAAAAAACCUCUAGUAGGUUUAGCCCCUAAUCCUCAAAAAAAUGGAAUUUCUAGACCUAUUACACCUAAAAUUCCUAUUUAUUAAAAUAAUAUUUAAAGAAAUUUGUAAUUAAAAUAAUAAUAACCACCUGCUUCUGCAUAGUUAAAUAGAAAACCUUCCUAAAAUUUAACUCCUAAUAAUUAAAAUUAAUUAAUAAAUAAAGAAAAUUAAUAAAAAUAAGAAAUUAUUAAAAAACCAUUAAUAAAUAAUAAACCCUAAGAAAAACCAGUAGCUAUUAAUAAACCUAAUUUGAUAAAAAAACCUUUACAAAAUGUAGGUAGACCUAAAACUUCAUAAGAAUAACAUGUAGUUAAGAAAUUUCCCUAAUAAUUAGCAGCUGUUGGUGUUCAUAAGAAUAUAAUGCCUUUAAAAAUUCCAGCUCGAAAUGCACCAUUAGAUAAGAACAAGAAGCAAAAAGAAAGAAAUUAGAAUAAGAAUAAUAAUAAAGAAACUAACAAAGAGUAAAAAAAAUGGCUUAAGUAGAAUAAUAAAGAUUUUAAAUGA